GUCGACUCGAACUACGUCUACUCAGCCAUUUACUAGCGUCGCCCAAUUGUCUACAUCUACCCCCUUCAAAGUACAAAUCAUGUCCGACCUCUGUCCCGUCUACGCGCCCUUCUUUGGUGCCAUGGGCUGCACCUGCGCAAUUGUGUUCACUUGUCUUGGUGCAAGUUAUGGUACUGCAAAGUCUGGUGUCGGUAUCUCCGCAAUGGGUGUCCUCCGUCCAGACCUCAUGAUGAAGUGUGUCGUCCCCGUUAUCAUGGCUGGUAUUAUCGGCAUCUACGGUCUGGUGGUGUCCGUCCUCAUUUCCAGUUCACUGCAGGCGGAGAUGUCCCUGGCGCAAGGAUUCAUUGACCUCGGUGCUGGUUUGUCAGUCGGUCUCGCUGGUCUUGCCGCAGGUUUUGCCAUUGGUAUCGUCGGUGAUGCUGGUGUCCGUGGUACCGCACAACAGCCACGACUUUUCGUUGGAAUGAUUUUAAUCCUCAUCUUCGCUGAAGUUCUGGGUCUUUAUGGCUUGAUUGUUGCACUUAUCAUGCACACAAAAGCUGGAGAGUUGGUAGGAACGGUAUAUUGCUUUCCUUGAUUUCUACUCGUUUUAUUAACAUAACUUUUGCAGUGCGUUUAGAAAGAUGACGGACUUCAUUAUAAACCUUCAAUGCUGUUUUCUGUCUAAUACAUCCAUGUUUAUCCUUGCCCUUGCAUGUAUUGUCUGCUCGAGUGAUGCAUCUACGGCCAAUGAUUACCCUUUGUUGUGUGAAUAUGUGUUUAAAAUACUCGUUGAAGAUUGUCAGGCCCAGCCCCCCAGGGACAGUGACCAAAAUACUUAUUGUGGCUCUUAGAAUCGCCG